UCCCUCCAGAGAUCGGCAGAGGACACCUCAUACAUCUCAUCCCUCCAGAGACCAGCAGAGGACACCUUAUACAUCUCAUCCCUCCAGAGACCGCCGCACCUCAUACAUUUCAUCACAGAUGUGAUGUCCCGUGUGAUCUGACCAGUCGGCAGGACCCUAUACCGAGCUGUGAUGUCCUGUAUGAUCUGAUCAGUCGGCAGGACCCUAUACACAGCUGUGAUGUCCAGUGUAAUCUGACUGGUCUGCGGGGCCCCAUACAGUUUUGAUAUCCUGUGUGAUCUGAACGGCACCAUACACAGCUGUGAUGUCCUGUGUGAUCUGAAGGGCCCCGUACACGGCUGUGAUGUCCAGUGUGAUCUGAAGGGCCCCAUACACAGCUGUGAUGUCCUGUGAGAUCUGACCGGUCUGCGGGACCCCAUACACAGCUGUGAUGCCCCAUGUCCCCCAAGCAGAUAGGAUAUACAGUGGCCCCUGCUCCUGUCCUCCAUGUCUGGGAUGCUGCAUUAUGCCCUCAGAGCUGCUCCUCAUUGGCCAUUCCUGGAUCCGGUUCACCUGUCACUCACAGUCCCACCUGCAGCCUCCUCCUUUCUCAGACACGAGCGGGAGGCAGGAACUGAGCGCCGUCUUUCCUCCUCUGCAGAAGCUGUUGAGCCCCCCACAUCCCCUACAGCCGGAGGAUAUAAUCAGAAGCUCAUGAAGAUGCAGGGAAGCCAUCGGGAGGAGAGGGUGUGCGGCAUUCUCUUCAGGCGUUAACCCAUCGUGGUUCUGAUCACCAUGGCCAAAGACAACAAUGCCUUCACCUUCAUCCCCGGCUCAACCAUUACCAACACCAAACCCUCCUUCUCCCACCCCUCUAAACUAGCUGAGAAGUUAGAGAAAGCCGACCGGAAGCUGCGCCGCCGCCAGCGCUAUGUGGAGAAGGACGGGAGGUGUAACGUGCAGCACGGAAAUGUCCGGGAGACCUAUCGAUACCUAACGGACAUCUUCACCACCUUGGUGGACCUGAAGUGGCGGGUCAGCCUCCUGGUCUUCAUCCUAGCCUACGCCAUCACGUGGCUCUUCUUUGGGGUGAUCUGGUGGUUCAUCGCGUACUGUCGGGGGGAUCUGGAGCAUUUAGAGGAUACAGAAUGGACGCCCUGCAUUAAGAACCUGAAUGGCUUUGUUUCCGCCUUUCUCUUCUCUAUAGAGACAGAAACCACCAUCGGUUACGGGCACCGGGUGAUCACCGACAAGUGCCCGGAGGGGAUCAUUCUGCUCCUUCUUCAGGCUAUCCUUGGUUCCAUGGUGAACGCCUUCAUGGUGGGCUGCAUGUUUGUAAAGAUCUCACAGCCCAAUAAGAGGGCCGAGACACUGGUCUUCUCCUCGCACGCGGUCAUCUCUUUACGGGACGAUAAGUUGUGCCUCAUGUUUCGGGUCGGUGACCUCCGCCAGUCGCAUAUCGUGGAGGCCUCGAUACGAGCGAAACUGAUCAAAUCCAAACAAACACAAGAAGGAGAAUUUAUUCCCCUAAACCAGACGGACAUCAACGUCGGCUUCGAGACGGGGGACGACCGCCUCUUUCUGGUCUCCCCCCUCAUUAUCUGCCAUGAGAUCAACGAGCAUAGUCCAUUCUGGGAGGUGUCCAAGAGGCAACUGGAGAAGGACGAGUUUGAGAUCGUGGUCAUCCUGGAAGGAAUGGUGGAAGCCACAGGAAUGACGUGCCAGGCGAGGAGCUCGUACCUUGUAGAUGAGGUUCUGUGGGGCCACCGCUUCAUGUCAGUGCUCAGUCUGGAGGACGGCUUCUAUGAAGUGGACUACAACACAUUCCACCAAACCUUUGAGGUGUCUACUCCUUCCUGCAGCGCCCGGGAGCUUGCUGAGAACACUGCCCGAAUGGACGCCCAUCUCUACUGGUCCAUCCCCAGCCAGCUGGAUGAGAAGGUGGAAGAAGGAACAGAAAAAGAUUGCGGCAUGAACAAGCAGAGGAACGGCAGCGUGAGCAACCCCGAGGGGGAGCAGGUUCUGGUGGAGUGAAUGUCCGGCCAUGCCCACUGGGUUAUAUACUGCUCCAAUAUAAAUGUCCCUGUGCCCAGUGUUCUAAUAAUAAACCUCUACUCCAUCAUCUCCACCUGCCACCUACCAAUACCGUCCAAAUACUAGGCCUCUGUAUGACGGUCACCACCCGAAUACUGUACAUCCCACCCUCGCCAUAAUGCUACCCGUCACCUACCAAUACCGUCCGAAUACUAGGCCUUUGUAUGACGGUCACCACCCGAAUACUGUACAUCCCACCCUCGCCAUAAUGCUACCCGUCACCUACCAAUACCGUCCGAAUACUAGGCCUGUGUAUGAAGAUCACCACCCGAAUACUGUACAUCCCACCCUCGCCAUAAUGCUACCCGUCACCUACCAAUACCGUCCGAAUACUAGGCCUGUGUAUGAAGAUCACCACCCGAAUACUGUACAUCCCACCCUCGCCAUAAUGCUACCCGUCACCUACCAAUACCGUCCGAAUACUAGGCCUGUGUAUGAAGAUCACCACCCGAAUACUGUACAUCCCACCCUCGCCAUAAUGCUACCCCUGUCACCUACCAAUACCGUCCGAAUACUAGGCCUCUGUAUGAAGAUCACCACGCGAAUACUGUACAUCCCACCCUCGCCAUAAUGCUAUCCCCGUCACCUACCAAUACCGUCCGAAUACUAGGCCUCUGUAUGACGGUCACCACCCGAAUACUGUACAUCCCACCCUCGCCAUAAUGCUACCCGUCACCUACCAAUACCGUCCGAAUACUAGGCCUUUGUAUGACGGUCACCACCCGAAUACUGUACAUCCCACCCUCGCCAUAAUGCUACCCGUCACCUACCAAUACUGUCCGAAUACUAGGACUGUGUAUGAAGAUCACCACCCGAAUACUGUACAUCCCACCCUCGCCAUAAUGCUACCCCUGUGACCUACCAAUACCGUCCGAAUACUAGUCCUGUGUAUGAAGAUCACCACCCGAAUACUGUACAUCCCACCCUCGCCCUAAUGCUACCCCUGUCACCUACCAAUACCGUCCGAAUACUAGGCCUGUGUAUGAAGAUACCACCCGAAUACUAUACAUCCCACCCUCGCCAUAAUGCUACCCGUCACCUACCAAUACCGUCCGAAUACUAGGCAUGUGUAUGAAGAUCACCACCCGAAUACUAUACAUCCCACCCUCGCCAUAAUGCUACCCCUGUCACCUACCAAUACCGUCCGAAUACUAGGCCUGUGUAUGAAGAUACCACCCGAAUACUAUACAUCCCACCCUCGCCAUAAUGCUACCCCUGUCACCUACCAAUACCGUCCAAAUACUAGGCCUGUGUAUGAAGAUACCACCCGAAUACUAUACAUCCCACCCUCGCCAUAAUGCUACCCCUGUCACCUACCAAUACCGUCCGAAUACUAGGCCUGUGUAUGAAGAUACCACCCGAAUACUAUACAUCCCACCCUCGCCAUAAUGCUACCCCUGUCACCUACCAAUACCGUCCAAAUACUAGGCCUGUGUAUGAAGAUACCACCCGAAUACUAUACAUCCAACCCUUGCCAUAAUGCUACCUCUGUCACCUACCAAUACCGUCCAAAUACUAGGCCUGUGUAUGAAGAUACCACCACUAGGCCUGUGUAUGACGUCACCACCCGAAUACUAUACAUCCCACCCUCGCCUGUCACCUACCAAUACAGUCCGAAUACUAGGCCUGUGUAUGACAGUCACCACCCGAAUACUAUACAUCCCACCCUCGCCAUAAUGCUACCUCUGUCACCUACCAAUACCGUCCGAAUACUAGGCCUCUGUAUGACGGUCACCACCCUAAUACUAUACAUUCCACCCUCACAAUAAUGCUACCCCUGUGACCUACCAAUACCGUCCAAAUACAAGGCCUGUGUAUGAAGAUCACCACCCGAAUACUAUACAUCCCACCCUCGCCAUAAUGCUACCCUUGUCACCUACCAAUACUGUCCGAAUACAAGGCCUGUGUAUGACGGUCACCACCCGAAUACUAUACAUCCCACCCUCACAAUAAUGCUACCCCUGUCACCUACCAAUACCGUCCAAAUACUAGGCCUGUGUAUGACGCUCACCACCCGAAUACUAUACAUUCCACCCUCACAAUAAUGCUACCCCUGUCACCUACCAAUACCGUCCAAAUACAAGGCCUGUGUAUGAAGAUCACCACCCGAAUACUAUACAUUCCACCCUCGCCAUAAUGCUACCCCUGUCACCUACCAAUACCGUCCGAAUACUACGCCUGUGUAUGACGGUCACCACCCGAAUACUAUACAUCCCACCCUCGCCAUAAUGCUACCCCUGUCACCUACCAAUACCGUCUAAAUACUAGGCCUGUGUAUGACGGUCACCACCCUAAUACUAUACAUCCCACCCUCGCCAUAAUGCCCAACGUCCGCUCCCCUCAUCGGGUACACUUUGUGUGUUUCACUAGCAGCCAUGCAGGUGGUUCCUUGUCCCCUUUGUUGUAAAAGCAGCUUAGAAAUUAAUGCACCUAAUUCCUUUUAAUUGGGUCCCCAACAUAAUUAGUUCUCAGCUCGGGACCCCCGAUGUGGACAGAUUUCCUCCCGUUCUUCCAAACCAGACAGCGAUUGCUGAGCAGUUUUGUUCUGUGUCCGUGUGUACAGCCGGCUGUACCCCACAAUCUUCCCCAUACUGGACAUAUUCCCAUCAUCCUCCUCAGUCUCUCCACCCUGGACAUAAAGCACUGUAUAAUCUUCCUCAAGGCCACCUGUGCACAUAGGGUCCCACCCAUCCAGCCCACAUUACCGACAGGUGCACCAGUAAACCACAUCAGAACCAAAUACAACCGAUCCAGAGCCCAAGGUUCCCGAGCCAGCUGCGCUCCGGGAAGGUUCUGUACCAGUUCCUGUAAAAUAAAGAGACUGAUUCCUGCC